GUAGCCGGCGGCCGGCCGCCUGCACCUGGCCGUUCGGCGCCGCGCAGCCGCUGCCAUGGCGGGAGCCGGCGCGUGGAAGCGCCUCAGGUCCCUGCUGAGGAGGGAUGAGGCGCCGCUCUUCCUCAAUGACACCAGCGCCUUCGACUUCUCGGAUGAGGUGGUGGACGAGGGGCUUUCUCGGUUUAACAAGCUGCGAGUUGUGGUAGGCGACGAUGGUUCUGACGUCCCAGAAAGGCCUGCUAACGGGGCGCACCCUGCGCUCCAGGCCGACGACGAUUCCUUAUUGGACCAGGACGUACCUCUGACCAACAGUCAGCUGAGUCUGAAGGUGGACCCGUGUGACAACUGCAGCAAGCAGAGAGAGCUACUGAAGCAGCGAAGGGUGAAAACCAGAUUGACCAUCGCUGCCGUUCUUUACUUGCUUUUCAUGAUUGGAGAACUCGUAGUUCAGAAGACUAGAAGUCCGAAUUCAGGGUGCUGGCUCUAGAGGAAGGCUUCCUCCCUCUGUUGGCUCUGGAGCAACAUCCUUGUCUCUUUUAGCUCCUGCUCCUGGGCAGUCUUCAUGCACCUUGACAUCGCUUUUCCCCCAUCUCUGCUUGUCUCACUUGCUUGUUUAAUCUCUUUUGUAUCUCAAAAAAAUUGACCCAGGACAUACCCUACACUAAUCCUGCCUCAUUAAAGACAACACAUCCACAAAUGGGGUUAUAACCACAGGCAUAAAAAAAAAAAAAAAAGCGGUUAGGAAUUACAACCCGUAUUUGGGGGGGACACAAUUCAAUCCAUAACACGAAGAGACUGAUCUCAUGAUGUGAAAAGGCCACAUGGUUCCAAAAUACAGAUCAACCUAAGUACAACAUAUACUUCAAGAAAUAACAUGCUUCUUAUAGUUCUUCAAACACCAUGUCAGUGACGGUAAAGGUCGUUGUCUUUGUUGGCUAUCAUGUAACUUCCUCCUUUUUUCAUUCUGAUAAAACACCGGGUUAAUUUUUGCAAAUGUAAAGUCAUUGAUUCUAAAAUUACUUAGAAUCAUGAAUCUUAUGAUAUGAAGGGACCUUACUGGGUGCCUGUGCCACCUGCUUGUUUUACACCUGAGGGAUCCGAGGGUCCAGAGAGGUUAGAUAAGUCGUAAGGUGGUUAUGGAAGAGUCGUGUCUGCAAUCCCUGUCUCUUGGCUGUUUCCCCCCCCCCCCAUGCGUUUUGACUUAAGUGGUCUCUUUGUAGCAUUUUCUUUUAUAUUUAUAUCUAAGAGAUAUUAAAAAUUAAAUAAUAUCAAUAACGUGGAAGUUUUUCAUUACAAGGAGGAUCUGAAGGGGUCCAAAUGGCUCCCCAAGAAUUUUAUGAGCUUGAAAUUUUUAUUUUUUAAUUAUCCAAGUAAUAUAUUCUCACUAAAACUGCAUUCUUAUUUUAGAAAUUAUUUUCAUAAUCACUUCAGUGUGGCUGCUAACCCCUCUUAGUGAUAGUUUACAAAGUGACUUUAGAGAGAUGGUCCUUCCGUGUUGUCUCUAAAUGAUGACCCAUGAGAACAGAGGUGGCUGUCCAGAUUUAGGAUGCUUGUUGGAGGUUGUAUGUAAGAAUUUUAUAUACAUUUCCUACCACUCUUCCCCAGUGCUCACUUCUGACAUGCAGGUCUUCUUUCUCUUCCUAAGACUCCCAAAGCUGUUUCCUGCCCUAAAGCUUUCAAACUCUUUUUAACCUUGCCAUAGCAAGAAAGGGAACCUUGGUGGCGUGGUAGUUAAGAGCUCAGCUGAUAACUAAAAGGUGGGCAGUUUGAAUUCACCAGCCACUACUUGGAAGCCUUUGGGGGCAGUUCUACUCUUUCCUGUAUGGUUGCUAUGAGUCAGAAUCGACUUGAUGGCAAUGGAUUUCUUUUUUUUUUUAUAGCAAGAAAUACACUUGACACUGUGACCAGUGUAGGAAUACAUGUGUGUGUAUGUACACACAUAUAAAAACCAAAAAAAAAAAAAAGCCGAACCCAUACCGUCAGGUUGAUCGACUCAUAAUGACCUUAUAGGACAGAGUAGAACUGCCCUUUAGGGUUUUCAAGGAGUGGCUGGUGGAUUCGAACUGCUGACCUUUUUGUUAGCAGCCAAGCUCUUAAGCACUGCACCAUCAAGGCUCACAUAAUAUGUGUAUAUAAAUACAUGUAUAACUGAAACAAAAGUCUUAUUUCACAUGAUACAUGUUCAUAUUUUUAUCAGUUGUAGUCCACUAAUGAAUGGGUCAGGGUCUGCAGUUUGAAAAACACAAGUUUAUAUUGACUGCCUUUUCCCAUAGCUUCAGUUUAUCAUUUACGUCUCAUCUCAAAAGACACCUUUAAGAGACCUUUUCUGACUGACUGAAGUAAUCCUCUCUUCUCCCCUGUCUCCUCCCCAGCCUUCAAAGUCCUCAGCAUCUGAGAUUCUUUCAUUUACUUGUUUAAUAUCUGUCUUCCGCCACUGAAAUAUAAAUUGAAUUCCCAACAUCUAGAACAGUGACUGGUAUAGAAUAGACACUCAGUAAAUUUUUGUUGAAUUAGUUCACUGUAUUAGAAAAUUAACAAAAGCCUAAGUUGUAAAGAAAUUAAAAGACAGGAGCAAAGCUGUGGCCAAAUUAGCAUGGUCUCAACAGAUUUAAGAUUCAGUGACUUGAUCAGAUUCACACAACUGGAAUAUUGAGUCAUUCAGAGUUAGUAAUUUUUGAAAUUAGUAUUUAAUAUUUAAAGCUAGAAUAACAUUAAUCACAAAUUUUCCCCUUAAGAUUAAUUGAGUUUAUUUCACCUAAGUAAAAAUCACUAAGGUAUAAUUGUCCUGACUUACCUACCGUUUUUGAAAUCUCAUAUUUGAUAGAUACUGUUUUGCAAAAGCCAUAGUAUUUCCUUUCAAAUACUAGUUUUAUUUUCAGAUAUGAAAAUCUUUUAUUAAGCAGUACAGACAUACUGGUAUUUAGGAUAGGCAUUCACAGUAUUAUUCAGAAUGUUACAUAGAAUUAAAUUCUGUAUAGUAGAGCAUAUAUUAAAGUAUCUCAAAAGCAUUUAGAAAUAAAGCAUCUUAUCUGUAGGGUCAGAUCCUGGUGGUGUAGUGGUUUAGAGCUACAGUUGCUAACCAAAAGGUCCGCAGUUUGAAUCCACCAGGUGCUCCUUGGAAACUCUAUGGGGCAGUUUUACUCUGUCCUAUAGGGUUGCUAUGAGUCAGAAUCGACUCAGUGGGAAUGAGUAUGGUAUGCUAUGGUACGGGUAUCUGUAGGGUCGCUGUGAGUUGGAAUCAACUUGACAGCAACAGGUUUUUUGUUUUUUUAAACAUGUAAGAAGUAUGGAACAAUAAAAAAAAAUGAAGUAAUUUUUAAAGAUCUGACAGAGAAGACUUUAUUUUGAACCUUGGCUUUGCCGCUGACUUUUUCUGAAAGUUGGGACAAGGUCCAUUCCUUUCUUCCUUCCAUUUAGCAAGCAUUUUUUUGAGUACUUAGCCAUAUGCCAGCCACUGUGCUACGUGCUCUGGAUAUACAAUGGAGAACAAAAUUAUUAUAAUCCCUCCUAUCUGAAGCUUUUAAUCUAAUGGAGGAAAAAAAAAAGGAGAGAGACAUUAAACACAUGAGUAAAGUGCUAUGAAAAAAAAAAAAAAAAAACAAGGUGCUGUAAAAGAUAGUAACCAGUGAAACAUAGUUUAUGUUAUGAGCCAGGUACAUUUAAAUGGGAAGAAAGACUAGUAGGAGUUAUCCAAGCCGAAUGAGUGGGGAAGGAGUUUUCCAAGCAAAGAGAACAGCAUGUACAAAGAUCCUAAAGCCUGCAGUUCUUUAAAAGGAACUAAAAAGAAGGCCACAGUGAACAAGAGGGGAAGAGGCAUAAAGUUUAGAGAGGUAUGCAGGGGGACCAGAUCAGACAGGUCCUGAUAAAAAAAAAAAAAAAAAAAACUAGUGCCAUAGUUUUGUUUUUUUUUUUUUUUUCUGAUAAAAAAAAAGAUAGGCUAUAUUAAAUGAGUGUAGUUUUUGUUCAAGCGCAAUUUGAAGCCAAUUAAGGGUUUUAAGCAGGAGAGUGGCAUGAUAGGAUUUGCCUUUUUAAAAGAUCACUUAGGCUCUUAGGUGAAGAAUGGAUUGGAAGGUCGAAGAAUGGAACCAAGUAAACUGUUGCAGAGGUCCAAACAAUAAAUGAUUACAGCUUGGACUAGAGUGGAUGGAAAAAAUGUAUUGAUUGAUAAACAUUCUAGAGGUAACAUGGAUAAAAUUGACUGAUGGUUUGGAUGUGAGGAGUGAGGAGACAGCAGUGUUAGCAGUGUCUCUGAAUUGUCUCAUCUGAGCAGCUGAGUGAAUGCACAAAUCCUGCUGUGCAUAGGCUCAGGUUGUUUUUGACAUGUUAAUUCAUGGAAUAGCCAAGUGGAGAUGUUUAGUGGACUGUUACAUAUGCAUCUACAGUUCAGAAGAGAGGGUCGAGAUAGAGAGAUGAUAUAUAGUGCCACACAAAUGGGUAAAAUUAUCCAGAGAGUCCAAGUCUUGAGGAACUCCAACUUUAGAAGUUAAGCAGAAGGCAAACAAGUGUCCCAGAAUCCAAGAAAAGAGAAUGUUCCAAAAUGGCAAUAAGUAGGUUGAAGCUGCUGAGAAGUCUAAUAAGAUCAGAAUGAGAUAAGUAUCCCUUGGAUUUAGUAAUACAGUUAUUGAUUACUUUAUCAACUGCACUUGGGAUGAAAAAGAUUAAAGAGUGAAUGCAAAGACACUGCCAGUUAAAAAUGGCAAAUAUUUAUGCACCUAGUUUUGCUCAUUCCUGAAGCCUCUCUUGGAAACCCUGGUGGCCUAGUAGUUAAGUGCUACGGCUGCUAGCUGAGACGUUGGCAGUGCGAAUCUGCCAGGCGCUCCUUGGAAACUCUAUCGGGCAGUUCUACUCUGUCCUAUAGGGUCGUUAAGAGUCGGAAUCGACUCAACGGCAGUGGGUUUGGAAGCCUCUCUUAAACUACAAUAAAGGGAUUUUUUUUUUUUUUUAAGGUAUAAAUCCACAUAGAUGGGGAGAACUGAACAGGGGGGCAGUGGCGACAAAAAUUUUGGAAACUGGAAAGGAAACAGACAAGAGGUAACUGGCUUAAUAGACCAAAUCCUAAACCAGCAGUAGGGAAAGCCGAGAGCCAACCCAAUUUACACUAGAGCAGUGGUUCUCAAAUUUUAGCCUGCAUCAGAAUCACCUAAAAAGCUUAAAACACUCGUUGCUGGGCCCCAUCCCCAAAGUUUCUGAUUCUGUAGACCUGGAGUGUUGUCGUUAGUUGCCUUCAAGCCAAUGCCAACUCAUAGUGACUCUAUGUAUGCAGAGCAGAACUGCUUCCCAGGGUUUUCAAGGCUAUGACCUUUCAGAAGCAGAUCACCUUUGGGUGUGUUCGAACUGCCAACCUUUCCGCUAGUUAGCUGUUUGCACCACCCAGCGACUCCUAGGUCUCCAGUAUAGCCUGAGAAUUUGCAUUUCUAGCAAGCGCCCAGGUAAUGCUGAUACUGCUGAUCCUAGGACCACACUUGAGAACCACUGCCCUAGAGAAUCCUCAGGAAUCCCAGCACUUCUGGACGUGUGGCUGAAGAGGAGGGCAGAGGGAUGGGGGCAGGGUUUAGAAGAGAAGAGAAUGGAUUAAAACCGGUUUAAGAGCCAGUUAGAUAUAAUCAGUCCUCAUUUUGCACAGUAAUGCAGUAUGGUAAAAACGCAGGAGUUGAAACCAUGCAAAGCAAUCUUAAUAAUCAGUGAGAAAAAUUACAAUUUUUUUGGUCAAAACAUUCAAAACCCUUCCUGUUGGCUAUAAAUGCAUACCAAAAAAACCCAAAUCCACUGAUGUCGAGUCAGUUCUGACUCACAGCAACUCUGUAGGACAGAGUAGAACUGCCCCAUAGAGUUUCCAAGGAGCUCCUGGUGGAUUCCAACUGCCAAGCUUUUGGUUAGCAGCCGUAGCUCUUAACCACUGCGCCACCAGGGUUUCCAUAAGUGCAUAGGGAUAUGAAAAAAUAUUUAGUAUGCUAUAAUUUAAAACAGUAGGAAUGUUGAGAACUAAAGUAUUUUAUUUCUUCAUAAAAAAUGUAUCAAGAGUAGUUUGAACAGUGCUUACUUGUCAUAUAACUGUUUUCUUGUCAUAUAACUUAGAACACAAAGUGAGCAUCCUUUCUAUGCCUUGGCAAGUUGUCAUACUCCUUUCUAAGUUUGGGUCGGUUGCCAACAUUGUGCACUCGAUGUCAUGAAACAUCUCUGAAGGUUCCUUUAACCUGAAGUUUUUUCCAACGUCAUUUCCUUUGGGACAUCUUCAUCCUUGUCAUCACAGCCACUUUCCUUUUUUAUGUCCUUAAGUUCCACUUCGCUAAGUUCCACUGGCUGCGUAUCUAGAGUCAUUCUCACAAUCAGUUCUUUCUUGUGAAACUUCGUUUAUGUUCAGUUCAAAUCCUGCAAAGUUACUUGUACUAAAAAAAAAACCAAACCAAAGCUGUUGCCGUUGUGUUGGUUCUGACUCAUAGCGACCCUAUAGGACAGAGUAGAACUGCCCCAUAGGGUUUCCAAGGAGUGGCUGGUAAAUUUGAACAGCCGACCUUUUGGUUAGCACCUGUAGCUCUUAACCUCUAUGCCCCCAGGGCUCCAGUCACUUGUACCAAAACCAAACCAAAUCCACGGCUGUCGAGUCAAUUCUGACUCAUAGCGACCCUAUAGGACAGAGUAGAACUGCCCGUAGAAUUUCCAAGGAGCGCCUGGUGGAUUCGAACUGCCGACCUUUUGGUUAGCAGCCGUAGCACUUAACCACUACGCCACUGAGGUUUCUGUUACUUGUGCGGAGGGGUAAAAACGCCCAUCACGUACUGUUCCUUCCUGUCGUUUACUUUCUUUCACCAUUUUCAAUCUUCUGGUGUAUCCAAUUUCACUUUCAGUGUUAUCACCUUUUAUUUCUUUGCUGCACUUUGAUUUUUUUUGACUAAUUCUCACUUUCAGUUUUCAAUUUUUUGCAAAUUAUCUCAUGGGUUUAUCACUGUGAGACAAGGAGGCAACACUAUACAUUUUGCUGUCUGCGUAAAGUGAGUAACAGAUGUACAGUGACCAAUUAUCAGCCGACUUGGAAAGAAAUGCUUGAUGUCUGAUCAUGAUUCAAAGAAAAAAAACCCACUGCCAUUGAGUUGAUCCCGAAUCAUAGCGACCCUACAGGACGGAGUAGAACUGCCCCAUAGGGUUUCCAAGGAGUGCCUGGUGGAUUCAAACUGCCGACCUUUUGGUUAGCAGCCGAACUCUUAACUACUAAGCCAUCAGGGUUUCCGAUAAUGAUUAGCAUCUUUUAUUUAUGUAGUGAUUUAUGGACUAAAGAUGUAGCAGCAAAGUUUGUACUUUUCGUAACUAUUCACAGUUAAUGUACUGUGCUACCUGAAAUUUGAAUCUUUUUGCAGGGGCUGGUGUUAUUUAAACCCUAGUAACUGAAAUUCAUGCAUAUUGGAACCAUGCAAAACAAGGACUGCCUGUACCUUCUCUACUCUGUAGAGUAACACCAGGCCCAAAUGAGAGUGGAAAAUAUUGUCAUGAAAACAAGAGAAUUUUGGGAACGUAUGUGUAUUGAAUACUAAGGUUUCCCUGUGCACUUUUCCAGUGCCAAUAACCAGUGCUUUAUCCACCAGACAAGAUAAUGGAGGGGUCUUCUCCGAGGAUGCUGAUCAGCCCAAAGAAAAGACCUAAAAAUACCGACAUUGGGAUUGCCCAACAGUUUAGCCAUGUCACCUAUGGUAAAGCUUACAGUUAACAAUAACUGCCCCAUGUGGUCAGAACUUUCAGUUACCAUUGCCUUAAGCAUGAAUAGAAACUAAGGAACACCAAACAUCUGAAGAUAGUUGCUAAUAUGAAAGAUUGAGACUAAAACAAUCAGAAGAAAAUUUUUUUAGAAUAGACUAUAAAGGGAAAAAAAUAAAAAUAUUAUAGUGUUCUCAGAAAUGAGAGAUCAUGCAUCCAUGAAACAAGAACAAGCUGCUUUAAAAAAGAAAUUCAGGGUAAAGAAAAGAGCUUUUGAAUAAAACAACAAAAAAAAUGAUGCUAGUUGUCAUCCAGUUGAUUCCAACUCAUGGCAACCCCGGGUGUGUCAGAGUAGAACUCUAUAAGGUUUUCCAUGGGUGAUUUUUCUUUUUUUUUCCCCAGAAGUAGAUUGCUAGGCCUUUCUUCCUGAGGCAUCUCUGGAUAGACUCAAACCUCCAACCUUAAUAAUAGGAGAGAAAAGCAAGAAAAUUAGAAUAUCAGUCCAGUAGGUCAAGGAAUCAAAUAAUAAGAGUUUUGGAAAAAUAAAACAGAAGAGCAGAAAUCAUCAACAAUAUAGGUUAGGAAAUAUCCCCAGAACUGUGCUUGUAUAUUGAAAGAAUCCACAAAAGCCCAACAAGAUGGAUGAAAAUAGACCCACACAGGGAGCAGAGCCAACAUGGCGCCCUAGAAAUGUACCAUACCACCCCCCUGCAGCAAAAACCUGAACAACUAAGUAAAACAGAUAUAAAAGUCAGUCCUGGAACCCUGAGCAUCAAAUGAAGGGAUAAAGAACUAGAUCAAACACCGAAUGAAAGAAGAAACUGAUAGGAAACAGAGAACAAGGAGAGACGUGGAGUGGAGAUCCCUUGCAAACUAACACAGCAUGGUGUGGCCAUCUUGGAUUACAGCCACCAACAACCCCAGACAAGGAGUACGGAAAGGCAACUUCGUGAUGCUGCCAACGUGAGACAGAGCACCCAGUAACCAGAAAAACAUGCUUUCCCACCCCAUACGCUUCUGGUGAUUAGAAGCAAGAACCCACCCAUGCCAGCAGCCCUCAGUGCCAGGGUCCACAAUACGAGCUCCCUCCUGCAGUGCAGCUUUUUUUU